AUGCCGAAGCACCCCCGCCCCAGCCGCCUGCGCCGUAUCCUCACCGCCGCCGGGGCUGCUACCGUCGCUGGUCUUGUGCUUUUCUCCGGGCGCCAGGCGGUACUCUCCAAAGCCCCCGUCUUCUCGCCGGGCCUGUUCCCCGGCGGCCUCGCCGUCGAGAGCUGGCCGAUGCCUCAGGAGCUGCUUCGCCCGCCGACCUUCCUGUUUCCGCACCCGUCGGAAGCCGACAUCGAUUUUGCCCUCCCGCGUCGCCUCUUGCCGCUCCGCCCCCACUCGCAGCCCCAGCACGACGCCGAUGCCGUCUUCCUCCCUGAUGAAUCGGAUGCCGCGGUCUUCCCUGAUUCCGAUGCCGUCCUGCUCCCUGACUCCGAGGUCCUGGUCCUGGCCGAUGAGCCUGUGGACGACGCGAUCUGUGCCUUCCAAGGUGGUGCCUCGUCCCCGGCGCGUUCUCUCGGGACGCUGCCAGGGCCCGGACGCCACGCCUACCUCUGCGCCAUGCCUGAAACAGAGCAGACUAUCCAGCCGCUCCAAGCGCCCCUGCUGCUUUCUGCCUCCUCCUCCGCUGACUCCCCCGCCGCCGCCCCUGCUGAUCUCCCUGUCCGCCCGAUGCUCAACUGGAGGAACCGGCUUGUCUUCGAUUCUGCUGUUCUCGACGGAGGCGACGUGCUCGUCUUCGCGAAAGGUGUCAUCCGCCGCCAGUGGGCAAACACAGCCAAUCCCCCCGUCCAGUGCGUGUACCAUGGCCGUGAUGAUGGCGCGUCGGCCUCCCUCCCAGCCAUCACUGCGGCGCAACAAGUAGCAAGGUGCCCCCCUCCACCGGCUCUUCUUACUUCCAGCAACACCCAGCUCCGGGUAACACUGUCUGUCACCGGCGAGGAGCCCAUCCCCUCCCUUGCGAUAUACCGUCCACAACAAAGUGACCUUGCAGCAGUAGCACCACCUACGAGAAACAAUAUCUGUGCCUGCACAAUGGUGCGCAAUGUCUCAAAGUUCCUUCGCGAGUGGGUACUGUACCAUGAUGCUCUGGGCGUCGGCCAGUUUUUCUUGUACGACAAUGGAAGCGAGGAUAAUUUGGCGGGUAAGGUGGCCGACUUGAGGUCCACAGGAGUCAACAUUUCCACCGUGGCCUGGCCUUGGACCAAAACGCAGGAAGCUGGCCUUUCCCACUGCGCCGCAGUGCACCAAGCAUCGUGCCAGUGGAUGGCAUUCGUUGAUGUCGAUGAGUUCAUCUUUUCUCCGGACUGGAAAAAUUUAGAGAGUCCCUCAAAGUCCAUGCUUGAAGCACUUGUCUCGGUUGAUCCACAGAUUGGCCAAAUCUAUCUCCCCUGCUUUGAUUUUGGUCCCUCGGGUCAAACAGCACAUCCGCAGGAAGGUGUUUGUCAGGGCUAUACUUGUCGGUUGAAGACCCAGCAGCGCCACAAGUCCUUCGUCCGUCUUGACGCCGUGGAACCUUCCCUGCAGAACUCUGUACACCACUUCUCCCUCAGAUCUGGUUUCACUAACAUGUGGACCAGGCUGGCGCGCAUCAACCACUACAAAUAUCAAGCGUGGACAGAGUUCAAGUUGAAGUUCAAAAGACGUGUUUCUGCAUAUGUAGCUGACUGGACUGAUCCGGUGAACCUAAAGUCCAGUGACCGAGCUCCUGGUUUAGGAGUUGAAGCUGUCGAACCACCUGGUUGGGCUGACAAGUUUUGUGAGGUAAAGGAUACUGUUAUGCAGGAAUUGAGUGUAAGAUGGUUCGGUACUGGAUUCGGAGGCCAUGGAUCAUCCAAGUCGAAGGGUUCCCAUGAAACCCACACCGGUGAUGUUGCCCUCUCCCCCUCUCUUCCAUAGUUUAAAGUAAUAAAACAUGAACCAAACACUCAACUUGCCAAAAAAAUAAGAUAGCCCUUAAAUUUAAUAGUAUACAUAUUUUUUGCAAAAUAUUUGUUUGUUCAACUUAAAAUUUUCAUUUUUUAGGGUGUUCUGUUUCAGGAUCCUCUGGAAACUCCUAUUUAAUGUUUCUAGAUGCUUUUAUUUAGGUUUCCAGUAAUGUUGGUACGCCAUGUUCUUCUUUUUGCAGGUUCUUGGCGCGCUUCUUUUGGCGCUGGCUGUUCUUCUGGGUGCAGGUGCGUUUUGGUGGGCGUUGGUAGCUGCUGUUGCUGAAUUUCUGUUUUUAGAUACUGAUAUCUUGGUCAUCUGUAAUUAGGAGCAACUGCUAUUGUCAGAAAGCGAAGCGUCCCACCAGAGGUUCUAUGUUCAGCCAUCAGUACACACAGGUUAAACUCCCUGUUAUUCUUGUGCGUUAACCUAUGUUACUCUUGCUCCUUAUCUGUUCUUCCUCACUGAUCUUCAGUUUGGUACCUUGCAGCCAGUAUUAUAUUUCAUACUAAAAUGUGACAGAUAUGCCAUCCAUGAUCCCAACGACCUAAAUUAUAUUUUUGGAUAUGAACCGAAUAAAUAUCACCAUGUUUUCCCCAUAUAGGAAAAAAUGUAUAGUCAGUUCCUGUUUUACACUUACAGAAUAUACGUGGAAAUUCAGUUGGCAACAAGAAUCUUAUAGAGGUUACUUUCAUUUCCCUGGGUGAUUAGUUCAGGAAAACAUUUUUCGGUCAGUUAUGUAUAUCCCUUCUAAGGGUACACUUUAUUCAUUGAAUUAGGAAUUAAAAGUUACAAACGUGCAGGGUGGUGGCAAGGAGCUCUUGCAGGAGCUCUUGCAGCCUCCAAGGUGAUUGCACUAUCGUACUUUCUUUAUUUUGUUUCUUCUGUAGUACACAAGCCAAACUAAAACUUAUAAUCUUGCUUAUUUUGAUGUCAAAUUGGUUGAGCUAUCUCUCUUUAGGAUGACCAAGUUUAUGGGUUUUUUAACAUUUGCUACGCUAAUUGAUCAUUGUUUUUCUCCAUCUGCAAGUUCUGAGGAUUAAAACUGGGAGUGGCAGCGAUGACGACUGACACGAAGGCGGUAGCCGGUAGGAAGGGGGUGGUUUGAUGUGGGUGACGUGACUCCCACAUAUUACCCAUGGUGUCUGGUGGUGGAAAACGAACUACUGUGAUGUCGAACUCUGACGUGCCAUGACGGCACCACCCAUGACCGCCGCUUCCCAGAUUCACUUGGUAUUUUCCAUCUCUGGUCUGAUCAAUGGUUCACGGACUGAACUGCCGACUAGAAAAAUGACCUCAUCUGUGCUUAUGGUGUUCUUUCCCGUAUUUAGUAGAAGAUUUUUUUGUAGUUCUUUCAUACAGUAUAUGAUAAGGAUAGCUCCUGUAAUUGUGUGUCUCGAGUUCCAGAUAGACCCAGGGCAUCCACAUGUACAUGUAUUUGUUUUUUCAGAGGGGAAAAAGGAGUGAAAACCAGUG